AUGGGUCCUCCCCGGGCUGCAGAAUCAGGUGCUGUUUUCACGUUUGGAAAAAGCAAAUUUGCAGAAGAUAUUCCUAGCAAGUUCUGGUUCAAAAAUGACAAGCCUGUACUUAUAUCAUGCGGAGAUGAACAUACUGCUAUUGUUACAGGGAAUGGUAAACUAUACAUGUUCGGCAGUAACAACUGGGGCCAAUUAGGACUAGGAUCAAAGAACACUGUCAGCAAACCAACAUGUGUUAAAGCUUUAAAACCAGAAAAAACAAAACUUGCUGUUUGUGGAAGAAACCACACUUUAGUUUACACAGAAAAAGGAAAUGUGUAUGCUGCUGGAGGUAACAGUGAAGGUCAGUUGGGAUUAGGUGACACAGAGGAAAGGACCACAUUUCAUUUAAUUAGUUUUUUUACCAACCAGCACAAGAUCAAACAGCUAGCAGCUGGAUCAUACACCUCAGCAGCAGUAACUGAGGAUGGGCAGCUUUUUGUGUGGGGUGACAAUUCAGAAGGUCAGAUUGGCUUGGCUGAUGAAGCCUGUGUCAGUGUCCCUUGUCAAGUGGAUGUUGGAAAACCUGUUUCCUCUGUAUCCUGUGGAUAUUAUCACUCUGCCUUGAUAACAGGAGAUGGGGAGCUCUAUACUUUUGGAGAACCUGAGAAUGGAAAACUGGGAUUAUUGCCUGAACAGCUGAAGAACAAUAGAGUCCCACAGCCUGUACUGGGAAUUAUGGAAAAGGUUAAUAAGGUUGCUUGUGGUGGAGAACACACAGUGGUGCUGACAGAGACAGAUGUAUAUACUUUUGGACUUGGACAAUAUGGGCAGCUGGGACAUGGUACUUUUAUUUUUGAAACUUCAGUACCGAAGUCUGUGAAACACUUGAGGAGGCAUAAAAUAUGUAACAUUACUUGUGGGGAAAAUCAUACUGCUGUAAUUGCAGAAAAUGGCGUCAUGUUUACUUUUGGAGAUGGGCGACAUGGCAAGUUAGGACUUGGAGAAGAGAAUUUUACAAAUCAGUUUGAUCCCACUCUGUGUUAUAAUUUCUUGAGGUUCACAGUCCUUUUGGUUGCUUGUGGUGGUUGUCACAUGCUAGUUUUUGCUGCUCCAAGACCUAAAGGAUCUGAAGAAACAUUCUUAGAAGAUUUAUAUGAGAGCCGUUUGACUACUACUAUCUCUAAAAUGAGUGGAGACUCACUACUAUCAAACACCCUACAACUAACAUCAGCACGAAUGCGACGUCGAGAAAGGGAAAAUUCACCAGAACAGUUUAUUCGAAUGGCACGAACUCUGCCUCCAAUGGGAGAAAGCUUCUUAAAAUCUUCAUUGCCUGUGACUAGCAACACUAGCCCACUCUGUUUUUCUGCAUCAAGUCUUCCUAAAGCUGAACCUAUGAAGGAUAGAGACCAUGAAAAAGAAAAGAAUCAUCAAAAAGAUAAAUCUGGUGAAUGCUCUGCAGAAGAAGAUUCAGAUAAUGAAAAUAAUGACAGAAACCUUGGAGAUACAACUGACAUCCUAAAUAUGACACAUGCAAUGAAAUUGAAUCCCAGUGACCAGUCCUUAAAAUUAUCACCACUCGAAAAACAAAAGAAGAACAAUAAAAAUGUGAAACUGAAAAGAGAUGGUAAGGGUGGGCUGAAAAACAAGGAUUCUCAUUUCGUGAAGAAGGGCUCAAAAUUAGAUUCUGGCUCUUUACAAAAGCAGUCUUCACUUUCAGAAUCACCGGGACAAGAUUUAGAAAAAAGUAGUGCCUUUCUAGGGAAGCCUGUGGCCAAAAAAAAUACAAUGAAAGGUAAAUCGGAGCAUGCACAAAGUGUUAGUACUUUGAAAAGUGGUGUUCAACAAAUUACUAGGGACAAAUGCAGAUUAGUGAAAAGGGAAGAAGAAUAUGUGGAAAAUCCUGAAUUUGUCAGAGAGGAAGUAACUUAUAAUAAUCUUCAUCUGACUGAAAAAACAAAUUCUUCCAAUAAAAAGUCAAAAGCUGUUAAAUCUAAGCAAUCUCUUAAAAUAGAUGUACUUCCUUCUGCAUCCAGGGAUCGGCCCCAGACUGAUUCAUUAAUUGUACAAAACCACAAUCCUGUUAAAAAGCAAGGAAGUCAAGAAGCAGUAGAAAGUCAAAACAAAAUAAAGGAUAUUGUUGAAAAAUCUGAUAAAUGUGAAAGAAUAUGCGUCAGAGAAGAAAGCAGUGAAGAGCAGAGGGGUUUUAAAAAAAAGGAUCAAUUUUUAAAACAAAUAGCUGUAACUAUGUCAUCAUCUUUGUCUGAGGAAAGUAGUAAUGAUCUUGCAAAAUACGUAUGUAAGAGUAGGGAAAAAGAAGAGCACCACUAUGAAGACAGAGAGAUCCAGAAGGCAAUGAAAACAGUAGAAAAUGUGAAAGAUUUGGACUUAGAAAAAGAAGACAGUGAGAUUGAGGAGAUGCAAGCUACAAACAAUGAGAAAGAAUAUGUAGGAGAGACUGAUAUAAAAAGUCUGAAUAAUGAGGAAGAAACAAACUCUGAAGCUAAAUCUGAUGAAGACAGGCAGUUAGAAAUUAAGAAUGAGGAGGAAUCUAAUCAAGAGCAGGAGAGUGAAGGCAGUGAAAAGGGUGAAAGUGAAAAAGAAAAACUAGAUGAAACAGUUGACAGUGGAGGUGAACUAGGGGAGGAAGAAGAAGAGAGUGAAGUUAAAAAAGAUAGAUAUGAAAUUUCAGCUGAAAGAGACAGUGAGAAUGAGGGUGCAGAAGAGAUUGAAGAGAUUAAUCAGGAAGAUGGCAAAGAGCAAGGAGAUGAGGAAGGCAGGUUGAUGGAGGAAGAAGAAAUGCUGAGUGAGGGAGAAGACAGGGAUAUGGAGGAGGAGGAGGAGGAGUAUGCAAAAGAGGAAGACACUGAAAAAGAAAAGGAGGAACAGAUUAAAAGUGAGGGAAGAGAUGAGAGUGAGGAAGGAGGUGAAGAUGGAGAGGGUGAGGAAGAAAAAGAGGUAGAGGCAGAAGAGGAAGGAGAAGGUGAAAAGGAAAAUGAAGAAGAAAACAGGGAGAAUGAAAAAGACAAAGAGGGUGAAGAGGAGGAGUUGGAAGAAUCAUUGGCAGGGAGGGAAGAAGAAGAGGUAUCCGAAGAAGAACAGGAAGAGGAAGAUGCAAAUAGGAGGACUAAGGAAGUGGGGGAGGAUGGAGUGGAAGAAGAAGGAGAAGAAGGGGAGCAUGAAAUGGAAGAGGAAGGAGAAGAUGAGGAGGAGGAAGAGGAAGGAGCAGAGGCAGAAGCAAAAGGGGAGGAGGGAGAGGAAGAUGAAAAUGAGGAAGAGGAGUGGGAAAGUGAAGAAGAGGAAGGGGAGGAAGGAGAAGAUGAAGAAGAGGGAGAAGGGGUGGAAGAAGAUGGAGAAGGGGAGGAAGAAGAAGAGGGAGUUGAAGAAGGAGAGGAAGAAGAGGAAGUGGAGGAAGAAGAGGGAGAGGAGGAGGAAGAGGGAGAAGAGGAAGAGGGAGGGGAGGAAGAAGAAGGGGAAGAGAGAGAAGAAAAAGGGGAAGAGGGAGAGGGGGAAGAAGGAGAAGAGGAGGAAAAUCAAAAGGAAGUUAAUAUAAAGGUUUGUAUUAUUGUAGAGAAAGAAAGCACUGACAAUCACACUGUGAACAAUUCUUCAGAGAACACUGAUGACCAAAUAACUGGAGGAAUCAUUGGGAGAAAAAAGCGAAAGCCACUGACAGGCCAGAAGAAUGUAUGUAGCGGAAAGGAAGAUAGAUCUGGAAAGCCAUUACAGAGUGAACAAGAAAAAGAAAAGGAAGAUUUAUCUGGUGAAGACAGUAAAGAUGAAAACCAGAAUCAUACAAUGGAGAAUUCCAGGGAAACUGUGACUAAUCAGGACAGAAGGAUGAAAUCUUCUACUUGUAUAUUACUCUAA